AUGGCUGUGUUCUUUCGUGCAAGUGACUCUGGUAUCAACUUUGAAGUUGCUGAGUAUCAGGAAUUCCCCAGACCUGAACCCGAGGAUGCUCCGACAGAGACUCCAAAACCAAAGUUAAAACACAUCAGUGUGGUUCUGCUGAGCUUUGGCCUGCUGUGUGUCCUUCAAGGGAUCCUCAACAUCUCUCUGAGACUUGCUCUGACUGAGCCCACUGAUAAAGGUGAGACAGAGAUAAGUGUGUGUCCUGAGGGCUGGAUCAUGUUCGGCUCCAGCUGUUACUACAUUUCCUCACAGAGGAGGAGCUGGGACAACAGCCGGCGGGACUGCAUGCAGAGAGAGGCUGACCUGGUCAUCAUCACCAGCAGACAGGAACAGGCCUUCCUCACUGGAUUCACAGCAGCAGCGUGGGUUGGUAUGACUGACAGGGAGCAGGAAGGAACCUGGGUCUGGGUGGAUGGAACACCACUGGACGAGGACAUGCUGCAGUGGGCCAAUGGGCAGCCCGAUGGGGCGUAUGGAGGAGAAGACUGCGCUGACCUUCGUACUAUGAAAAAUUUCAUUGGCUUGAACGACUUCAAUUGUAGCAGCAGAAACCAGUGGAUCUGUGAGAAAGCAUUACUGUAGCCUGACCUGUGUGGAUCUGCUUGCUGCUCCUUUACCCUGUUGUGCUGUAACUAUAAAACAGAAUGUCAGAACCACACUGAGCAGACACUCCUGACACGGACCUCCAGAUCCAAAUCUGCAACAUUAUGAUGGGACUGUCUGCUUCACAAAAUCUGCAUACAUAAUUAACAUCAUGUUAUAGCCUCCAAUGGCUGAGCUAACAUUUAUAAAGUUUCACAAAGAAAAAAGAAAAACAUAAAUGGAACCAAAGGGCCUUUUAGCCAAAGUUGGUUUGUGAGAGUUUUGAAUGAGCUGGAGACAAGAGAGGGAUUUUUACUGAUGCCAGACAGUAAUCAAUUAACUAAUUUUUCAACUUUAAAUAAAUAAUUUCACACACACACAAAAAUGCUUUUUAUAGCGGUUUCUGUAACAAGGUCUAAAAUAAACAUUUUAUUGGGCCUUGACACACUAAGUGAUAUCAUGCACGACUUAUGUCAAGAUAAAAUGAGCUUGUUCAAACGAGGAGGAACUGUCAAACUGUCAGAGGAAAUAUUAGGCUUAUUAUUAUUAAUUAUUAUUAUUAUUAUUAAUUAUUUUGUUUGAGCGCCACCACGCAAAUGUUCCACAGAGUGGCGCAAUAAUCACAUAUAAGAGAAGGUUUUAUUUAAUUCACUCUUUCAUUGUGAUAGUGAGUUUUUUCUGAGUGGGACUUCCUGAUGUGGUCAUUGUAAAAUUAUACAGAAAUGACUGAUGCCUUUAUGAGAGGAGAGGAAACAAGAGGAAAUGACACAUUUAUCAUUUUCAUCAUCUUUAUGCAUACAUGACAGUGUGAACAGUUAAUGGUCUUGAUGUCUUCAGUAGUUUUAGGUCUGUGGUCAGUGGUGUCAUUGUAACCUUUAUUUGUGCUUAUUCACCUUAUAGGUUUCAAUUUACUUUUAUUGAAUUAACAUUUAUUUGUUUUAUGAUUGCAGUUUUUAUGUUUGUUAUUUUGGUAAUUUUAUGUUCUAUCUCUGUCUUUAUUCUGCUCUGUGAAGCACUUUGGGCUGCAUGUCUGCAUAAAAGUGGUAUAAAUAAAUAAAGUUUGGGUUUAAAUUAAAGUAUGAAUACAAUAAUGAAAAAUCAGUAUACUAUUAAGUAUUAUCUCUCUCUCUUUCUCUCUCUCUCUCUCUCCCUCUCUCUCUCCAUCACCACCACCAUGUGUAAACAUACAUGUCUCAUUAAUGCAUGUUACUAUCUAAACUUCUUCUCUGGAGUUUCCAAUAUAUGUCAUGAUGUAAAUCUGAGGGACUGUGAUAUGAUAAA